CAUCCAGCUGAACACCCAAAACAAGCAUUUCAAUUGAUUGAGAUUACAUAUAACCGACAUGUAUUUAGCCUCUUAAAAUUCUGUCUUCUGGUAAAAAAAAAAAAAAAAAAAAAAAAAAAAAAAAAAAAGAAAAGAAAAAGAAAAAAAAAGGUACAGGAUAUGUAUUUACAAGUAAAGUAAAAAUGAAAUGAUUUCAAUUCACAACUAGUAACCUGCAAGAAUUAAAAGUACAUUUACACUGAAUUUUCACCGAUAUAGAUCAAUCCACCCCUGGCUUUAUGAGAAGAACAAUGUAGAAUUUGGGAUGAUUUUGAUGAAUCUCUUUGGCUGAACAGGUCAUACAUUGCUGUCAUUGCGUAAAACCGUAAUCGUCAAACAAUACUUCAUGGGUUCUCGCAGCCUAUAACAAACGCAUUUUGCUGCAACCAGUAAGCAUAAAGCAGUUUAAAAAAGAUAUUCUUACAUAUAUAAUACUCGUCAUAUUAAUUUCACUGAACAAUUCACAGUGUUGUUGCUGUGGCGAAGAUCAGUCUGAUCCAAAUGCACUGCAUUAAAGGCAAAAACAGAAAUAAAUAAAAAGGUGAAAAGGGUGAUACAAAGAAGAACAGUCAGAUAUUUACUGAACUAUCCAGUGGUUUGGAUAUAAAAAAAGAAUGUUUUUUAUAACAGAAAGAAAUUCUACUGUUUUUUAUGCUUGUUUAAUUUUAUAUAAAAGAGCCUAUAGUCUUUUUUCAGUUACAAGUUUCAAGCCCAUAAUAAACAGAAAUAGCCAAUAGCUUUUAUUUUACCAAUACAAACUGAUAAAGUGACUGAGAAUGGAGAGGAUUUUUUGGGGGGAAAUAUUUAGGCUAUGUGUGAUUUUACAAUGCUACGCGGAUGGAGUGAAUGUUAGUGGUCUUGAUUUUAAAAUGUAUUUUUGAAGUGAAGCUGGUGGGGUAACAGCCUCAAUCAGGACAAUCUGCGAUCCAGAUCACGUGAACAAAUAUGCUUGUACUUUAAGGCAGCGCCUUUAUUUGUCAUGAUAAAGGUUUCCGAAAUAUCCUAAUGUCGACUCAUUCUGUGAGCCUGCCUCUGUAAACGUAGAAUUUUUUUUUUUUUUUUUUUUUUUUUUUUUUUUUUCAAAUGGAAGGUUGAUUGCCAGUAAUAUUUCGCUUUGGAAUAAGAAGACCUUCUUGGCUUUUUAUUGGUAGCUGAGUGAGUGGCUCCCAUUCUUUCGGGAAUACAGUGCGUUGGUAUAUGGAAAUGCCUGGAAAAGCGCGAGAUCAGUUUUAAGACAGUACUGUCUAUAGACAAAGGGUGAAGGAUAUAUCCGAGCAGCUGCACUAAGAUAUAUUGAGACUAAGAAGCACGACUAUAUAAUAAAUUGAUUCACAGGUCGCGGUCCGAAUUAUGAAGAUCGCUUGAGGGGAAAGAGUGGACAGAACGCUAUAGACUGUGCAGGUCGAAGGAGAGAAAAUCUGUGGGAAGCUCCAAUCACGUGACUGCCGAGUCCAUGCAAUUGGACAGGCUCUCUUAGUUUGAAACUUGCAGACCAAAAUGCAGAAAGCCACUUAUUAUGAUAAUGCUGGACUCUUUGGAGGAUACUCCUACCCUAAAUCUGACUCCUAUACAUAUGGUCCUGUUCACCAGGGCUACUCCUCCUCCAGCAUAGAGAAUGACUAUCAAAACUCAGUCUGUUCCGUUCAAACCACAUCAGUUCGGCCGCCAUCACAUAAAAAUGGAGACAUCAGUGGCAGCUGUAUGCGACCAAGUGCCAGCCAGGGCAACAGCCAGCCAGAGAACAUCAGUGAGCAGCAACAGCAGAAUGCCCCAUUAGCAGCUAGCUCACCCAGCCCUAACACCAACUCCACCCCAAAAAAGAAAUCACCCAGCAACACUGGCUCCAGCACUACCACCCCAGUGAUCAGCAAGCAAAUCUUCCCGUGGAUGAAAGAGACCCGUCACAACUCAAAGCAGAAAAGCACCAACUGCACAACUGCAGGAGAAACCUGCGAUGACAAGAGUCCACCUGGCCCUGCCUCGAAACGGGUGCGCACUGCUUACACCAGCGCCCAACUCGUGGAGCUGGAGAAGGAGUUUCAUUUUAAUCGCUACUUGUGUCGCCCCAGAAGAGUGGAGAUGGCUAAUCUGCUCAAUCUCACCGAGCGCCAAAUAAAGAUCUGGUUUCAAAACAGGAGGAUGAAGUACAAAAAAGAUCAGAAAUCGAAGGGUAUAAUGCACUCUCCCUUAGGACACUCUCCGGACAGAAGCCCGCCGUUAAGUGGCUCGAAUCACAUUGGAUAUUCUGGUCAUCUUCCAAAUGUAAACAGCCUGAGCUACGACGCGCCAUCUCCUCCGUCAUUCGCCAAACCGCAACAGAAUAUGUACGGCUUGGCAGCCUACACGGCGCCAUUAGGCGGCUGCAUAACACAACAGAAAAGGUACCCGGGUACAGAAUACGACCACCACAGCAUGCAAGGGAACAGCAGCUUUGCCAAUGCUAAUUUACAAGGAAGUCCCGUGUAUGUUGGUGGAAACUUCGUUGAUUCAAUGCCAGCCUCGGGCCCUAUGUUCAACCUCGGUCAUCUUCCCCAUCCCUCAUCCGCUAGUGUGGACUACAGCUGUGCCGCUCAGAUUCCGGGCAACCAUCAUCACGGACCGUGUGACCCCCACCCCACAUACACAGACCUCAGCUCUCACCACGCAUCUCAGGGAAGGCUGCAGGAUGCGCCCAAACUCACGCAUCUGUAAGGAUCCCAUCUGUGUGCUCAAGCGCAACGUCGCGUUUUUAUUACCUCACUAGUUAAACUAAUUUAUUAAAUUACACUUCAAGAGAAACAUAACGUAUUAUCCCGUAUUAUUAUUAUUAUUGAUAUUACUAUUACUGCAAUGAUUGUAAUUAUUUUUUAAUAAUAGCUGUGGUUCAUUUCUCUUGACUGUUGAAGAUGCACAGGGGUGUUUGUUGUCUGUUGUUUGGUUCUCGGAGGAGUUUUGUGGGCAAACGAAUUUCCAUAAAUUAUUACUUGAAGGUAAGUUAUGUAGAUUUGACAGUUUAGACAUCAAUCUUUAUAGAGAUGGGAUUUGUAAAGAAAAAUAAAAUCAUUGCCUCUUCGUUAAAUCGUCUGUUAGUCAAGGGCACUACCGAAUCUUCUCAUUAAAAAGUACCAUUAUUUAUUAUUUUCCUCCAAGAUUGUAUGACAAACACUUAUCUUGACUGAGUAUUAUAUUUAUUAUUGAUCGAUUUUGAAAUACAUUAUUUAUCUUUUCGUGUAGAUUAUUUAUAUUGGAAAUUGCAGAAAUUAUUGAGCAGAGCCCAUUGACAUUUUUUUUUUUUUCUCGAACUGGUGCAAACAAGGUGAUUUUGUGAGGCUAGUAUAUUUCAUAUAUAUAUAUAUAUAUAUAUAUAUAUAUAUAUAUAUAUAUAUAUAUAUAUUCUGCACUCACACACACACACACACACACACAGCUAACAAGGCAGGCAUCUCGAAAAUUUUAUUUUUCAUAAUCAUUGGUAAUUUGACACUUUUUGGCCAACGUAAUGGUUAAUAUGUUGUUUAAAUACACCAGCACGUAAUGAUCACGUCCUCACAUCAUUUAUAAAUGUUAUUUUGUAAGUUGCACAAUCCAUGGAUAAAAUGAUGAAAUGGUAACGAUAUGGAAAUGUUAUAUUUUAUUGUGUUAAACAUUUUGUAAAUAAAGUGCUUAAGAUGAACAAAUGCAAUUGCACAUCUUCCAUUAAUCUGUUCAUUCAGGUUUUCAUUUUCGCAUUUAGGAUAAUUCAAUUAAAAUCUUAUUUUUUAUAGUUUGUGAAUAUGAAUAGAUUUCCAACUUGGAUGUCGCCCAACUCACACGGCUGAGGCGCCAUUUUGGAAACAUAAGGGGUAGUAAACAAAGGAGGCACCUUCGCGCUCACCAUCAUCCAUUCAAUUGAAGAGGACUGUAUA